UCGGACAAGGACAUAAUUACUAUUUUGCUGUACCAACAGUGUAAUCUUUCACGUAAACAACGUAUGACGUGCUCCUCUAAUGUCAUAGUCGCCUGGUACUUUCAUUCUUGAUUUCUGGCUUAGUAAGGAUUUUUAUUCAACCUAAUUUCAUCAGGCAUAAGUUAUUUCGGUAUCACGGUAUAAAAUUUUAUUAAAAAAGAAACUAUUAAUACUAUAAUGCUUGGAUUACUUUCUUUCUUGCUGAAAUGUGAAACGGAUAAAUUAAAAAGUUAUAAUAAUUAAAAUCUAUAAUGAUAAUACAGAGGAGUUUUAAAUACGACGCGCCAUGGAUUGUCGAGCCCAGGAAGAUGGGUAUAGACCCAGCGAAGGAGGGGGCGGCGGCGGUGCCGCGCGCGCGCUCCGUCGAGAAGGGAACUUGUGUGGUGGACGGCGCUCACGCGUUCAUACUCAGGAUCUCCAGUCUGUUCGGACUAGCGCCUCUCAGGUUCGAGUCCCGGCCGGGCGGGUUCAGCGUGGCGCUGUCCGCGCCCAUGUGUGUCUACAGCUAUAUACUCGUCACUGUGCUAGUGAUAUGCACCGUGCUGGGGCUCGUGGCGGAGAUCAACGUGGGCACCUCCGUGUCCGUGCGGAUGUCUUCACGGAUGUCACAGGUGGUGUCAACAUGCGACGUGCUGGUAGUGGCAGCCACAGCCGGCGCCGGCGUGUACGGCGCGCCCGCGCGGAUGCGCAGCAUGCUGCGGUACAUGGAGUCUGUGGCUAGCCUGGACGUGAGCCUGGGCGCCCAGUACUCCUCUGUCUCGGAACGCAAGCUCUGCGCGGUGCUGCUCUCCGUGUUGUUCCUGUUCUCCGUUCUCAUUGUGGAUGACUUCUGCUUCUAUGCAAGGCAGGCGAGCCGGUUCGAUCGGACUUGGGACGUAGUAACGAACUACAUCGGCUUCUACCUGCUCUGGUUCGUGGUGGUGAUCCUGGAACUUCAGUUCGCGUUCACGGCUCUGUCCGUGCGUGCGCGCUUCCGGGCAGUGAACGACGCGCUGGCACACACGGCUAGCUGCGUCGCGGUUCCAUUGGAGAAAGUGAAAGAAGCUCAUCACAUGAACAUGUUUGCUAUUCGCGUGGCGCCAGCGGACAGCACUCGGCCGACCAACGUCAGUCUGCUAGUGGACUCCAUGAGCCCACAGGACCAUACUGUCAUCAUACGGAAUGCUGUUUCAGGCGAGCCCCGCCUCGCCGUCCCCCCGUGCGAGGCGGUCCGGCGGCUGGGGGCGCUCCACGGCUCUCUCUGCGAGGUGAUCCAGCGCGUGGACUGCAGCUACGCGCUGCCGCUCGUCGUCAUACUCAUCUCCACGUUACUGCAUCUGAUAGUGACCCCGUACUUCCUGAUUAUGGAGAUUAUCGUGUCGACCAAUCGCGUGCACUUCCUGGUGCUGCAGUUCCUAUGGUGCGCGAUGCACAUGCUGAGGAUGUUCGUGGUAGUGGAGCCGUGCCACUACACCAUCACUGAGGGUAAAAGAACCGAGGAGCUGGUGUGCCGGCUCAUGACGCACGCGCCGUCCACCGGCGUGCUGCCGUCGCGGCUCGAGCUGUUCUCCCGCCAGCUGAUGCGCUCUUUUCAGUACUCCUCAAAGACUCCUAACUAUGAUAAUGAAAGAUGGAAUCGUGCUUCGUCACUCUAUCUCUCUCUAAUGGUAGCACUCUCUUUAGUGCGUCCUGCAUCAACUUUAGUAACUGUCCGUUUUCAAAUGUACCAGGGUAUAAUGAAUGUAGAGUUGGUCUACCGAGGAAUCCAUCCAAUCCGCUACUACAGCACGUAGGUAUAUUUUAUUGCA